AACAGGGGGGGAAUUGGAAAGAACGAAAAGCUUGUUCACAAAAAGGGGGUGAAAGCCGUGUGAAAAUAAGGAUGGUUAACUCUUUUGUCUGUCUGUCGAUUUUUCCCCUCAUUGUCUUUGUUGGAAGAGCAACUGUUUGUGUAAGUAUAUCUAUUUAAAGAACUUAUUUAAUAUGGAUUGAUGAAUUCAUGUCAGAAGAAUAUCAGACUGCUCAUAAAGCUGAGCUUUAGAUCAGCAACCAAGCAAAAUACAUAGCAGAAUUUUAUGGAUUUAAUAUUUAUCAGAACAUUAUUGGGAAAAUAUGUUCCUAAUCCAGUGGAAACAUGGAAAAGGUUGGAAAAGGGACACAGCACUUGAAAAAUGUAAAAUUAGUAAACAUAUUUUCCAGCUUUAGCAUUUUCUGUUCCUGCUUCUUCCAUGUUUUCUUUCUUCCUCAAAACAAAAUCCGUAUCUGUGAAUGCCACCUACAAUAAAUUAUGCAAAUUGUGGGCUGCUACUUGCUUUACAAGGUGCAUCUUACAUAUUUUGUUUACUCCUGUCCAAAAAGUUGAUCAACCACUGUCUGGAAUUCAACAUUCAUGGAAGUACAGAUUUUUCUUACUGAAAAAGAUCAAUUAAUGUUGCUAAAAUGCAAAGUAAUCACAGAGAAAGAGCACAGCAGAAUAUGCAGCGGGAUAGUUUUUAAUAAAACAUGAUGUUUCAUUGUAAUUAAUGUAAUAUGAACUUCUUGGAAUAAAUCCUGCCGGGAAUGUGUUGUGAUCACUUGAUGGCAAAUAUGUUGUAAGCUGACUAUAUUCUUGGCCAUAGAGGCCCUUUCCAAAUAAGAUGUGAGAAAACAUCUGUUGCCAAUGUAACUCAGAUAUUAAAUGUUGUUGUGUGCUGGGGGACCUUGUGAUCUAGGAGUAGGUGUGUGACAUGUUCUUGGUAGGGUUGUGUUGAAAGUUCCGUCUAGAAGGCAGUAAACAAUGACUGUGUGGGCAGGUUGACUUAGGGGUGCAUGUAAGAGAGGAGGGGAAUGAGAGAGAAAAUGAAUGGAUGAUAGGUGAACUGGGUCAUUUUGUGUGUGUGUGUGUGUGUGUGUGUGUGUGUGUGUGUGUAAGCAUUCAGAGGGUUGCAAGGCCAGCUGGCUAGCCCCAGCUGAGUCAUCUCCUUCCAGCUGUCCCACUGCAAAGACCCAUCAGCCUCUGCUCAGAUGUAAAUCAGCGACCCGGGCUUCAAAGCCAGGGCACACUAUUUCAGCAGAGUGAACUGUGCACACAGAAUAGGUGUAAGGCUUGUUGAAGCAUACUACAACUACGGAUUUAUUAAUCAUAAAUCAGGACAAAGAAACAUUUCAUCUCUCUUUGUCUUCUCAGAGAGAAAGGAAAAAAAGCAAAAGCUGUACACACAACGGAAGUUCCCAGCAUACCGUGCUGGAAUGUAAGCAGACAUAUGACACACAACAGUUGCAUGUCUGCUCCUUAAGGUGGAAUGGAAAUCUCAACAGUGUGUGUAUAUAUUCUGUGUGUUUGUGCCUGAAAGCAUGGGAGAGAGAGGAUAGGUGUUUGACUUAAUGGGUGGUGGUGGGAUAGGGAGAGUGGGGGGAGGAGAGGGUUUGCAUUUGAUCCACCCAGUUUCAGCCCCACCCAACUACUCCUCCAAGAGAAUGCAGUGACUGACUAAAUAAUAUUGAUGUUGCCAUUGCUGAAUUAAGGAAGUAUAUAGCCUGAAUGUAUUUAUGACAGUACCAGCAGUUCUUAACAUUUAAUACAAGAAAAGUCAUAGGUUUAAGUCCUGGGGUUAAAGGUUAUAGUACACACAGGGCAUUAACAAUGUCAAGUUUCCUCAGGACCAAGCCAGAUGUGUGGGGAAUGUAGCAGAUAUAAAGCAGCAGUUGGAGUCUAACUCUUUACACAGUUGUGGAGGAGAGCAGAAUCUAGAACCAUCUCCUCUCUUAUUUCUCUGCUUUUAAGCAGUUUUUGACCAGCUUGGCUCUGACACUAGAGGUGGUGUUGCAAGCAUGUAGAAUAAGGCUAAAAGUUGGUGCAAUGAGGUACAGCAGAGGAAAAGGAGGCAGGUUUUGCUCCUUUCCUUACAUGCUUUCUUUUCUGUUAAGUGUAGACAUACACACACAAAAACUUGCUAUGCGAACAUGACAGACACAUGUUUAGCCUGCACACAAUUGGCACUAUGUAUACUUAUUAGGAACUAAGCCCUGAACUUAGAACUUACUUCUGAGUAGAACUGCUUAAGAGUUGGCUGCAAACAUUUACAAAAGGAGUUUGCUCUUUAAAAUGAUCGCCAGGCAUCUGUUCCGUGCAUGCGAGAAAAUGUCUUCUGUUCUGCUGCAUUGUAACCUAUUAGUCUCUAGAGGGGGGAAGCAAGUUGCCAAUUCAGCAUUGUUCAUUGAUCAAGGAAACCCAAUAUGCUCUUUUUACAGGAUGGGUCUGGGUCUGCCUGAAGCUACAGGAUUGCAAAAUGUCUUAGCUAGAUACAUUAGCAAAUGUUGCACUGAUCUCUUAUAGAGGGAAAAAUUCUUUCUGACCCCUGAAGGCAAUCAGCAUAUGCCCUGAAGCAUGAGAGUUCCCUUACAGCUAAAGAGUCUUAAUGGGCUUCCAUAAGCUUUAAGUCGAGCUGCAUAACCUGCAUUCUCAGCACAGAUAGCAAAAGGUUUGAUGAUGCAGAAAUCUUGUGUCAGGCUCAUCGGAAGGCCUGCCUCUUGAGCUGUAACCCAACAGGCUUUGCUGUCCCUGUCUAAAUGAAAGUACGCAAGCUCAGCUAAAAUGGUGCAAAAGGGUGUAAAUUCUUGCCGUAAAAUGAAAUUAAAUGGUCUGACUUUGGGAUAGGGUGAGAGAGAGAACCUUAAACCUGGAGGUGCUACUACUUACAGGAUAUUUUUUAAAAAAAUAAAUGUUUCGCUCUGUUUUGAAUUCUACAAUAUUUUUAUGUAAUUUUCUGAUUCUUCAGCUUCUUUGUCACCCCCAAAGUAAGUCUCUAAGCCUUAAAAUUGUUGAGCAAAGCAGGAAAAAGGUGCUUCGGUGCUCAAGGCUGCACUGUAAUGUUACUGCAGCAUCUGCAGGAUGAAAUAAUGUGUUAAAAAUUAUGUAUAUUAGGCAGGCAGAAGUGGCUCAUGGGGUGGGGUAUAAUUGCUAUGCUAGCUUCCUAACACUGCUGCUUAAAGGGAGGAGAGGCAGCAGGGAGGCUAGCAUGGUGCAAAGGCACCAGCAGGAACCCUGGAAUGGCCCUGCCAAUGUGUUUGCACCAUGGCAACUUCCUUGCUACCUCCCCAUAAGCAACAGCAACACACCUUCUGGGAAGCUGAUAUAGCAGCUCUCCCCCCCAUCUGCUGAGCCACUUCUGUGGGUAGGAACUUGUGUUUGAAUGACAAAGCAAGUUUUAUUUUAAUGCCAACAGCCGGGGGGGGGGGGGAGGACCAACAUGGCUAUCCCUCUGGAAAUACCUACAGUUUUGCCAUUCUCUCCUAUUGUUCCCCAGUACUGUGGAAUUGUUGUUUUUAUUUAAGCAGUUUAUAAAUAUGAAAAGGUUGGAAAUGUUUGUGGUGAAACUUACUUCCAUUUUUCUUUUCCUCAGUUGCUAUGAAAAUGCAUUUUCUCUUUGCUUUGUAUGACAGACUUUUAAGCACUUUUCGGGUUUCAUCUCUUAUACAGUGGUACCUUGGGUUAAGAACUUAAUUCGUUCGGGAGGUCCGUUCUUAACCUGAAACUGUUCUUAACUUGAGGUACCACUUUAGCUAAUGGCGCCUCCCGCCGCCGCCGCACGAUUUCUGUUCUCAUCCUGAAGGAAAGUUCUUAAACCGAGGUACUAUUUCUGGGUUAGCGGAGUCUGUAACCUGAAGUGUCUGUAACCUGAAGCAUCUGUAACCCGAGGUGCCACCGUAGUUCCUGACUGAAAUGACGCAUACUAGGGGAAUUUGAUUGCACGACUACAGGUGAAUGUGUUACAGCACACAACUCUUAAUUUUGCUGCUUUCAUUGUAUGUUAUGGCCUGAUCCAGAACAUGGAAAACUUGAGCAUUUACCAGGACCCCAAAACAAGCAAAGAGACCAAUUUUCUACCAGCAUAGCCAUAAUCUAACUGGGCAAGCAGCACAAGGCUGUACAUCCACUGUACAUUUAAUGCACAUUUAAAGCACACCUAGCCCAAGAAUCCUGGGAACUGUAGUUUAAGUGUGCUGAGAACUCUAGCCCUGUGAGUUGUAAACUACAAUUCCCAGGAUAUUUUUUUGGGGGGGAGGCAGGAAUCUGCAUGGUGUUUGUGCAGCCAUAGAGGUCAGAGGCAUCUUGAGUCUCUAUGUCACACGCAUUCCAGCUUGAGGGGGCCCAUUAGCCACCUUGCACAUUUUUAGAAUUGAGGAGUAAGAUAGAAAUAUACUGAAUGAAUGAAUGAAAUAGCACCAAAUUCCAGGUGCCCGGAGUAUUGUUAUUUUUCAUUACCUGCGUCCUCCAGGCUCUUUCAAACAAAAAUACACCAAACUCUCUAGGGUACAAAUUAUUCUCUGUAAUCUUUGGCUUCUUUUACGUGAGCAACACUGUACUUUGGAAAACGUCCCACAUGUUGUCAGGUGAAAUUAAGAUAAUUCCAAGUUUUGACAUUUUGAACUGCAACCAUUUUUCAAAUAAAAUUCCAAUAUCAAAAUGAUUCUAAAAACAGUUGUUUCUUGCAUUUUUGAAUUAAGUGUUUUUGUCAUUGGUUUCCUGAAAUAGUGCAUUAAAAUAAAGCUCCCAAAAGUCUCUCAAACUUCAAAAUGAAUAUUGUCUCAGCUGAUUACAGAAUUAGCAUGUAUAUUAUACAAAAUUAUACACAAUUAUGGUAUUUAGUAUAUUUGUCCCUUAAUAAAAAUGCAGUAUCUAGCUACGCUGGAUAGCAGAAACAAUUGGUUUUGUGAAAUACAGUAUCAGUACCUAUUUUUCCGUUUCCUUCCAAACUUUGAAAGACAAGCCCUCCCUCUUCUGGCUACGUAGAACAUAACAAGCAAAAAAGAAAUGGACAAGCAAAUGAAAGAUUGCAGGCUUUAAAUGGUGGCAUAUGUACUAGCUUGUAGUUCAAUAGUAAAAUACUGGUUAUAUAUAUUCAGUAGCGUGCUGAAUUUAUAUACAAGAGUAGCAAGCAAGUGGUGGGUGUCUUAACUUGCGCAGUUAAGCAUUCUAGGUGGCUUUAACAUGGACUCGGGUGGUGCUGUGGUCUAAAUCACAGAGCCUAUAGGGCUUGCCGAUCAGAAGGUUGGUGGUUUGAAUCCCCGCAACAGGGUGAGGUCCUGUUGCUCGGUCCCAGCACCUGCCCACCUAGCAGUUCGAAAGCACAUCAAAGUGCAAGUAGAUAAAUAGGUACCACUCUGGCGGGAAGGUAAAUGGCGGUUCUGUGCGCUGCUCUGGCUCGCCAGAAGUGGCUUAGUCAUGCUGGCCACAUGACCUGGAAGCUGUACGCCAGCUCCCUCGGCCAAUAAAGCGAGAUGAGUGCCGCAACCCCAGAGUGGGUCAUGACUGGACCUAAUGGUCAGGGGUCCCUUUACCUUUACUAUAACACAGAGUAAAACAAGCCCAAUAGUUAUUUCUUCUCAUAAGGCCCCCUGGAAACUGUAGUUAUAUGGCUCUUCCCCUCCUUAAGGUGUUUUCCUUAAAGUUGCAUUUGUGUAUUUAUUGAUUGAUUGAUUGAUUGAUUGAUUGAUUGCAUUUAUUUCAUUUGUGUAUGUAUUUAUUAUACCUGGCUUAGCAGUUCUCCCCAGAUCUAGUGCUGAUACUUUCCCCUUGUUUGUGGAUAGUGUCAUUUUGAAUUAAUCAGCACUCAAAGAAUGAGUUCACUAUUAGUAAAUAGGAUUUAUGGGAAGGACUAUAAAGCAUUUCAGAGAAGUGGAGUCCUAGAAAUCUAAAUCUAUCUCUCUUCUCCCCUCUGAAAUGAUCUAUCCAUUGUCCAGCAGAGAUUCUCCACAAAACAUAAAGCAUUUGUUGAGUUUGUGAGCUGCUUUUAAAAUUGUUAAGAGAAAGCUGCAUAGAGACGAUUUUAAAUAAAUAAAUGUGCAACUUCGUCCUUGAAAACUGCACAAUAUUACCGUCUGUAUUGUUCAAAUGCAUUUGCUUUGGGUAACAAGGAAGGGUUUAGGAUAAUCCAAUUUCCAAAUGGAGCAGCUUUAUUAAAAGGACUUCCCAGGCAGUGCCUAAAAUCUGACUUAGUUGGCUUUAUACAUGUCCAUUUUUCUUCUUCUUUUGCAGCUUUCUUAUAUCCUGUCAUUUGACCAGCAAGCUGGUAAGCAAUACAACUUCUUCUUUUUCCUUUGUGGCAAAUACUUCAGAACAUGUGCACUAUCAUAUAGCUAAGGAGGCUAUAACUAUAACUGAGCAAGAAGCAUAAUUGAAGGUUUGAUUUUAAGCAGCUUAGCAAAUCCACUGAUUCUGGUGGAAUAAGACUUGAAAUCUUUGCUGGCAGUGUGGAAAACUAACAGCACAAUCCUAUGCUUGUCCUUUUUCAACUGCUCUUUUAAGUGGAGAUUUUUUUAUUCUAGGCUGUAUUUGCUCUGGGUUGCAUCCAGUGCAACGCAGUGCGAUUUCCCCCUCUCUCCUUUCUCAGGUGCCCUCAAAAUCUGCUCUGGAGGAUCCUUCAGUCCUCUGGAACAGAUUUUGGGGGUUGGGGCAGUAAGCUCUGUAGGGGAAAGAAGGAGGGGAAAGUUUGGUUUCACAGACAGAAAUCUGCUGUACUAGCAGAACAGCAGCACUGAAUAUAACCUGUUGGGUUUGAAAUUGUCUUUAUAGGAAAUUGUUUGAAUUUGUUUUUUAUAUAUCAAAUUGUUUUACAUAUAUUUCUAUUACUGAUGUUUCUAUUGUUCAAUUACUUUGAGAUGUUUCACAGGAAAUGAUUCCUAAAUGGGAAUAAGUAAAUAAAUGUCUACUCGGAAGUCAGUCCCAUUGAGUUCAAUACUGCAUACUUCUGAGUAGACAUGCAUAGGAGAAUACUGAACAUUAUAUUCUGGUGGUUGGUAAGUCUGACGCAAAAGCAGUAAUGAAUUAAUAGCAGAUAAAAUGUGUAUUACAUGUUAUGGAAAGUGAUCUGCUUUACUUCCUGUAUUAAAGUUUACAGAGUUUGGAAUAAAUUUAUGUCAAAAACGAUGUAAUACUUCUCUGAGGUGCCCUUCACAUACUAUGAAAAAUAUGUUUAUACGGAAAGUAUCAAUCUUUACAUUAUUUUGGAAUGACACAUUAAAAUAUAAUGUUGGGCCAUCAUUUUCUAUUUGUCAUCUUGUACUUUUUGAAAACUAUAUUAUAUACAAAAUGGUACAACUUUGUACAGCUGGAGACCUUUACUAACCUUAGAAAUAAACAGUCCAACUUCUUGGACUAGGGAUGGAGAAGAAAUUCCACUCAGUUACUAUUUAAAGGCAAACCUAAGUAAUUCAAAACGGUACAAUAACUGAAAUCCUUCAAAAUUCACACUCUGAAUUUUGCAAUGCGGUUGUCCAAUCAAAUAAUGUGUACAAAAAUGCAAACAGUAGGGUAAAAUAAGCAUCAAAAAGCAUAUAUUAGUGAAAAUAAUAUGCACAAAUGCAUUGUAUUGGGGGGACAUUGCUUUGCAAAAAUGGGUCUAUCAGGAUACAUUUGUGCUAAAAAGCUGGUGAAUUUUCAUGAGGACUUAGUAAAUAAAGGAUCUCCAAGGUGGCACAGGCUUCAUUGGGACGGUUCAGAGAUAUAACAGCAGUUCUCUAUGGUAGAGUGGUUCUUUUCUCUGGAACAGGGUCUCUAUAAAUGAAUGAAUCAGAGAGUAUUGAUCAGAAAUUCACUAAUUGAUUCACAGCUCAAACAACAUACAAAAAUGCAGAUGAAAGUAUAAGCAGUUUAAAAGAUCGUCCAAGUCCUCAAAGCUAAUUUCAAGCUUUUAAAGUCAAUCUCUGCCUAUCAACUACAGUAACAGAGAGGAGGGUCUUUUUUGUACUACACAGAAGAAAGUUAUGCUUUGAAAAUACAUGUAGGAUGUCUCAUUUAAUUUUGUGUAAUAGUCACAUUUCAGUGACAAAUGUCAAAUCACUGCAUCUUUAAGUGUGUUAAGAUUUUUCUGCAUUUACAGAGAAUGAAGGCUGUGAUUCUGUAAUAUGUUAAAAUAAGCCAAUGUAUCAGAAUUUGAGUGUUAAUUAUGUGCUUAGAUUUUUUUUUAAAAAAAAAUGUUGCUUUUACUUUACGAAACCAAUGGCUUGUUAUGAAUAAUUUAAAUGAAUGGAACAGACACACUUCUUAAAUAAAAGAUAUUAGAGCCACAAAGUUAUUUAGUACUGAGGAACUAGAGAAGAGGAGUAAUAAAAAAUGUUUCAUGGAAUGUAUUCCAAUUUGCCUUCAUGUGUGAAGGUCAAUUUCACCUAUCAGUAAAAAGAGGAUUUUUAUUUUUCACAAUAAAACCCUAGCUUGGCAACAGAAUUUAUGCCAAAGGGAAAAACCAAGGAACUGAGGUUGCAAUCCUGCACACACUGUGGAGUAAAUCCAUUUUUAAAAAUUAGAUUUACAUUUGAAUAGACAUGGUCAGAACUGGAGUGAAACGCUAUUAAGUAGUGUGCAUAUGAUACUACACUGAGACAUUCUCAAGGUCAUUUGAAAGAGGUAAAAUAUAAGGAGAUGUCCCUGUAAAGGGGAAGGAGAAGACAACUAUGAAGAAGGAACAGUAUUCCUAUCAUUAGCAGACAAUACAGUGGGAUGCCACUGUGUUGCUGCUGCUUACCGGAAGGUAGAGGGAGAGGGGGAGACAGAAACAGUUGAGCCAAUCUGGUGCUCCUGCCAUUACAUUUGCAAUAUACUGACCUCACUCCCAUCUCACUCCUCCUUCUAAAUCUCCCAGGAAGUAGCAGUGGUGCAAUAAACCAAAGGUCAGGUGAGUGUCAGCAUUCCACCAUGCUGUCUAUUGAUUCAUAUUUAUCGCUGCUGCCUGAGGUAAAACUACUAAGCAAGACCCACCUUUGUAAUCGUAUAGCUUAAGAAUCAGGUUGCAAUUUCCCCCAAUCACUUUAUGCUAAAAACAUGAGGGAACGUCAUCAUCUUGAGGAAUUAUAUGAUUCACACAUUCAAGUUCUUCCUGUCCAAAAGAAUCCUUAUUGAAACCUAAUCCUUCUGCAGUUUGACUCAGGGCUGGUUUACAUUUUAUGGCUGUCAUGUGGAAGCUACUGUAGUCAUUCUACAAUGGUACCUUGGUUGUCAAACGUAAUCCACUCCAGAAGACCAUUCGACUUCUGAAACAUUUGACAACCAAAGCGCAAUGGGCAGUCAGCAAAUGCAAUUGAGAAAAUUGAGAAACAUGCCUCGGAAGCCGUUCGACUUCUGAGGCGCGUUCAAAAAUGGAAUCAUUCACUUCCGGGAUUUCAGUGAAAACCAAAACAUUAUGCUUCCGAGACGCUGGAAAACCGAGGUACCACUGUAUAUGGUGCCUGAUAUCACAAAGCAAGGCAGUUUUGUUCAGAAGCUCAUCAAAUGGAUAAGGGAAGCAGUUUUUUCUUGCCAUACCAAUGAAAAUGUUCCAAGAGGAAAGUUUAACUGCCAUGGUGAAAUCAUCUACUCAUUUUUGAGCACAUUUGUGGAUGCUACACAGAACCAGUGACUUUCAUGUGAUACUGCCAUGUGUAAACAGUUGCCAUAAUAAUGAACCUAUAUUUCACAACAAAUUCAUAGGUUCAUCAUGCUUAUUAGAGAUGUGCAACUGAUACAGCUGGCUCCUGAAUUGAUUCCGGACAAUGUGGACAAAAACUUUGCUUGUUAAAUGCAAAUGGACAUUGUUUGCCCAGAUAUAUACUCUUCCCUUAUCUUAAUACCCAUUUGUACCUUCGAUAGUAAAGUGGUAAAUUAGGCAAGUAUACUGUUUUUAAUCUUAUAAAGUUAUACCCAUUAUUAACACCUUAAAUGAAUUUCUAGCUUUAAAGAUAGUAUUGUUAUUUCCUACCUGACUGUGGAAGUCUGGUGAGAUUGGCUGCUCCUAAAUUGGCAUUUUAAAUUAGUUCAGGCUCCUUGAAGUGAAUUGGGUUAGAAGCUAAUCCUUACAUUUCCUUUUUUAAAAAAAAUAAUAUUUAUUAAAAUUUCAGAAGAAAAAGAUUACAUUAAUAAGAAAAAUAACAAUAAAGAAAGAAAAAUACAAAGUACAAAAAAGAAAAAACAGUUAAAAACAAUUCCAUCUUUUCAUCGCUUCUCUUACGUUUACUUGUUUCCCGGACCUCCUCAUACCUCCCUCUUUUGUAUUCCAAUUCAAUUUGUUAGUCCAGCAAUUCCUUUCCCUCCUUUUUAAUCCUGAUCUUUACUCUUGAUAUAUUAUAACAUUAAAUUUUUACGUAUUAAAAACCAAUUUUUCCAUAUUCUUUUAUACCAGUACAGCUAGAAACCACUUAACUUCAAUCCAACAUCAUUCUAACAUUCAUUAAUUUUGCAAUAUUUCUGUAAAUAGUCUUUAAAUUUCUUCCAAUCUUCUUCCACCGACUCUUCUCCCUGGUCUCGGAUUCUACCAGUCAUUUCCGCCAAUUCCAUGUAGUCCAUCAAUUUCAUCUGCCAUUCCUCCAGUGUGGGUAAGUCUUGUGUCUUCCAAUGCUUUGCAAUAAGUAUUCUUGCUGCUGUUGUAGCAUACAUAAAGAAAGUUCUGUCCUUCUUUAACACCAAUUGGCCGACUAUGCCCAGGAGAAAGGCCUCUGGUUUCUUCAAGAAGGUAUAUUUAAAUACCUUUUUUAAUUCAUUAUAAAUCAUCUCCCAGAAAACCUUAAUCCUUGGGCACGUCCACCAAAAGUGAAAGAAUGUACCUUCGGUUUCUUUACAUUUCCAACAUUUAUUAUCGGGCAAAUGGUAGAUUUUUGCAAGCUUGACUGGGGUUAUGUACCACCUGUAUAUCAUUUUCAUAAUAUUCUCUCUUAAGGCAUUACAUGCCGUAAACUUCAUACCUGUGGUCCACAACUGUUCCCAGUCAGCCAUCAUUAUGUUAUGUCCAACGUCUUGUGCCCAUUUAAUCAUAGCAGAUUUCACCGUUUCAUCCUGAGUAUUCCAUUUCAACAGCAAGUUAUACAUCUUUGACAAAAUCUUAGUUUUGGGUUCUAACAAUUCUAUUUCUAAUUUUGAUUUUUCCACCUGGAAGCUGAUUUUCUUGUCCAAAUUGUAUGCCUCCAUUAUCUGAUAAUAAUGAAGCCAGUCUCGCACUUUGUUUUUUAAUUUUUCAAAACUCUGCAGUUUCAAUCUAUCUCCAUCUUGUUCCAAAAUUUCCCAAUAUUUCGGCCAAUUGACCUCCAUAUUGAGCUUUUUCAGAGCUUUCACUUCCAUCGGUGACAGCCACCUAGGCUUUUAUUUUCCAAUAAAUCCUUAUAUCUUAUCCAGACAUUAAACAAUGCUUUCCUGACAAUAUGGUUUUUAAAUGCUUUAUGUGCUUUGACCUUAUCGUACCACAGAUAUGCAUGCCAUCCAAAUACAUUGUUAAAACCUUCUAAAUCCAAAAUGUCAGUGUUUUCAAGAAGCAGCCAUUCUUUCAACCAGCAAAAAGCUGCUGAUUCAUAAUAAAGUUUGAGGUCUGGCAGGGCAAAUCCACCUCUUUCCUUUGCAUCUGUUAGUAUUUUAAAUUUUAUUCUGGGCUUCUUGCCCUGCCAGACAAAUCUAGAAAUAUCUCUCUGCCACCUCUUGAAACAGUCCAUUUUGUCCACAAUUUGCAAUGUUUGAAACAAAAACAACAUUCUAGGCAAUACAUUCAUUUGUACCGCAGCAAUACGGCCCAGCAGUGAAAGCUUCAAAUUUGACCAAAUUUCUAAAUCUUUUUCACUUCAGCCCAACAUUUUUCAUAGUUAUCUUUAAAUAAAUUCCCAUUUUUGCUGUCAUGUUAAUCCCCAGGUAUUUAACUUUCUUAACCACUGUUAAACCUGUCUCAUUCUGAAACCUCUCUCUCUCCAUUGGUGUUAAAUUUUUCUCUAAAACCUUAGUUUUUAACUUAUUCAAUUUAAACCCUGCAACUUGACCAAAUUCUUGAAUCAGUUCUAGAACCCUUUUGGUACUAGAUUCUGGCUCCUGUAACGUCAGUACUAAGUCAUCUGCAAAUGCUCUCAAUUUGUACUGUUUGGCUCCGACCUAAUCCUUACAUUUCCUAGGAACAAUGUGAAAAAGGAAUCUUCUUCUGCAUGAAAAUGUUGUAUUUCACCCCAUCUCUGGAGAACUGUUGUUCUGUCAUGUGUAUAUCUGAAUCCUAUCCAUUUAUAUGUUUUAGAAUCAGCUCAGCAUAGUGCCAUCAGUGUAGAGCUAGACAUAGAGACAGAAGUAUUUUAAAACUUUUUUGUGUUUUUUUUAUGAGGUCUGCUCUAUUUCAGCUUUUCCUAUCUCUCUAAAGAUUAGCAAUUAAAAUACACAAGAGGGACUUGUUGAAAAUAUUAACAUAUCAAAGUGCUCCUAUUCAUGGUGCCGGCCGCGCUCGUUUGCAGGAUACUUAAUUUCAUUUUCCGUCCUCCAUUUUCUCCACCCACCCCACCAGUCAGCCAGCAUUCUGUAUCCACUCAACAUGUUCAUUCUUCACUGGGCUGCUUUGGGAAUCUAUCCUGACAUAACUUUUCUAAAUGUUUUUUGUACUUCUUCUACCUUUAGUGUUCUCCCAAGCCUGUGGGUGCCCCUCUCUUUUGUACGUCUACUGCUGUUUUGGCUAUGUAGGGAUCCACACUUAAAGAACAUGUUUCCUAUUAGCAUAUAGGAUCCCUGGACUCAUAUACCAUAGACUGGUGUCAUUCUGCAAGUUAAAACUCACCCAGUGAACCUAAAUGUUUUGAAACAUUGCUGACUGUAAAAGGAUUAGGUAUAGGAUCACCUACUUCCAAGAAAAUUGCUGGGUGGGGAGGAGGCAAGAUUAUAUUAUAUUAUUCUCUGUACAUUUUUACCAUAUAAAGAUAAAGAGAGGAGCACUGGAAGCUAACAAAUGUCUGAGAUAUGCCUCAGGAGUAACCUCAGUCCAAGUGCAUGACUCUGUAAAAAGUGGGAACCUCCAGUCCCAUCAGGUGAAGUGUUGAGUGGCCAUUCUGUAACCUAAAAUAGAUUAUCAGGCCACAUCCAGGCUAGCAAACAAAUGGUAUGGCCACUUGACUACUUUCACUUCAAAAUUCACAGUUAAACAGAAGAAAAAGAAAACUGUAGGGCUUGGAGCAGAAAGCCUGGAGCCCUACUUAUGUAGUUUUUUAAUGUAUGAAAUAAUGUAAGAGGGUGUAUCAAAAAUGAAUGAAUCAAAAAUGACUUUCAUUAAAAUUUACCUGCUCAAAGAGAAGAUUUGUUUUGAUGAUAAUUAUCAACCCUGAAGAAGGAGUUUUAUUCAAAACUCAUUGGGAGUCUCAAAUAUUGACUCAGUUACCUUUCUGUCACUGUUGAAGAUUAAAGUCCAUAUCUGGGAGCCAGUUACUACCAAUGUUCAAAUGGGCUUCACUUGUCCCUUUUAAAAAAAUACACCUCACACCUAUAUUGGCAAGUUACAUAUACUGUAUUAUCUUAUAAGUACAUGCUAUUCAUUUCUAAUGUCUGUUCAUGAUAUCUAUUCAUGGGCUUCCUAUUGGAAUGAUUAAUGACUCCCCUAUGUGCGUAAUCAUAGAUUUAGAACUAGAUUAAGCAGACACAGCAGAUUAUUCCUGUCAAAAUUAGCUGACUGAAAUGGUCUGAACCCAGAUAUAAACUUCUCUCUGCUUCUGCCAGCUUUGUGGAUUGAAUUUUCAUUAGCAAUUACUGAACAAAAUGAUCCAAAUAGAAAUGUUCACAGAAAGAGGAACAAAGAAAGACCAGCAACUGUGUGAAACAUACUGAAAUAGAAGUUCUGAAUGGCUGGUGCUAUCAUGCAGCUGGCUCAAAUGAUGUCACCCAACAUUUCAUCAGGAACUAAGAAACGCAAGUUAGACAAAAAAUAAUAAUAAUCAAGGAGAAGUCCUCAAGGGGGGAGAAACUAUCAAGAUGGCCUCAAAGGAUCCAAAAAUGGAUCCUUUGUUCAGAAAAGGGGAAAAGUCCUGUUUGUUUCAUCUGUACCGUAGAAUGUCUGGAUGACAUGCAGAUGUUAAAAGUACAUGUGGAGCCAAAGGCACCUUUACUUAGAUGAAGUUUAAUAAAUAAACAGAGGAAAAUCUAACUUCUUGAAAAUCCUCCCACGCGAUGUCAGCUUGAAGUCUCCCUUUGGUUUCCUCUGCUUUUCUAUUGUAUCACAUUAAAGUUUAUUUGCUCAGUGAAGACAAUGGCCUUAUCUUGGAAUGAGAUCCUUAUUCCUCCGCCCGGCGUGCACUCCUGCAGCACUUUCAUAUUGCAAAGACUCAACUCUUGUGAAAUAAUGAGCGAAGAAAAGAAGUCUUGACUUGACAUAACGAUAAAUGAGGUGAAACUUUUUUUUUUGCCGUCAAGAUACCAGGGUUGGCACAUAGAAAAAAAGAAAGUACUAUUUUAAUAUGAAAUAUAAAGCAUCCAUUGUACAAAAAGUUUUUUUUUUUUUUCAUCAGAAGCAAAGGAAGAAUAAAGAUAAAGGCUGCAACAGAAUGAAUGAGUUGAGAAAACUAAGAUAAUACCGUUGAUAAUCAGUUCAAGGCAAAGCGCUAUCCACCAGGCCAUCGGCCCAGCCCUAGGGGAGAGCUUUUAAAAGUGUCCCUGUAUGCUUUUUCGCUCUCCUCAUUACCAUACCUGCUCUUUGAAACUCACCGGUGGUUCCAACAAACUGCAGUGACACCUGCCGGAAAGAGCGGAUGACCCGUCUUAAUCAACUACUUCUGUGAAAAGUCUAUGGAAAGAACUGCCGUCCCAUCUUCACUUUGCUGUUCUGAAAGCUAUUUGUCAAUGGGUAUCCUGAGAGCCAUGGCUAUGAACAAAGAUCUGUUUCUGUGCAUUGGAAAUGUGGCACCAUGAUCAAAGCUAAGGAGAAUCUCCCACUUGUUCCCUUUGUUCGUGAAUAUGUCCCUUCUCUUAUGCAGCUACGAAGACUGGAAUAAUUAUCUGUACUUUAUCGUACUACUUGUAUUCUAGUAGUGUGAUUUCGGCAGUCCCUGAGUGGGAUUGGGACCCUAAAGCAGUCUAUAUACUUUCUCCUGGCCCAAAGACCAUUAGCAAAGUUGCAGUGACCUUGCAGGAGUAUGCGAGUAGUCUCGACUUAUGAGGGGGAUAAAAAUAAGCUGGCUAGACAAUGCAGGUAAAGAAAAGAAAUGAGCAUUAAAAGUUGAAAUGUAAGUGCUAAAACCAAUAGAAGCUUUGUCAUAGACUGGGAUGGAAUAUGAACUGCACCCUAUGAUGGAACUGUGUUCUUUCAGCCAUGUGCUAGGCAGACUAAAAAAUAUACAGAUAUAAAUAUUUAGGAUAAGAUUGCUGUUUAAAUGGAGGUUUCAAAAUGUCACAUUCUUUGUUGAAAUGCCAUUUUAAAUAAAAAUUGUAAAUAUAUAUUUUAUGUGUGAGGUAAAGUACCAUUGUUUUGAGCAGAUCAGGUUGGUAAAUGCCCAUGUCUUCAGUCAUCACAAGUGUGUUUGCAACUGCAUGCACAUUCACAUGACCAUAAGACUAAAGCCCACUUUCAAAGAUACAAUUGAAAUUGCCACAUUAAUUCUGUAUGAUGAGUAUUUUCUUUUUAUAAGCUCUCAAAACUGCUAUCUAUUUAUAACACAUUCAUGUGAGCUCUAGUUAUUAAGAAUUCACCAGAAAGGAUAAAUAUACUAGCUUUCAUCAAAUAAUAAAGACAAAUAUUCAAACAAAGGAUGUGCCAUAGAAAACUGACACGGUAAGAAUGAGCUUAUGUGACUUCAUCAUGUUCAGUAUUGUGAGAAUUGAACUGGAGUUCCAUUGUUCCCUAUGGGAUGCAAUUAGAUACAUUGUCUCAGUAGCAAAAUAAUUAGUCUGGAUAAUGACCUCUGUGUGGAAGAUUUUUUUUUUUUUUUAAAUCAUAUUUAUUAAAGUUUCCAAAAAUAUAAAAAUACAAAGAAAAAAGACAAAAGAAAAAAGAUAUUUAAAAACCUUACUUUCAUUCCCUACUUUCUGGGACUCCCCCCCCCACAAUUGUAUUCCCCUUUCCUUAAUUUGGUUCUACAAGCUCUCACUCCCAAUUUAAAGCUUAAUUUGUUUAACCCACUAUCCAGAUUGAAUUGUACAAAUCUUACCACCGUCCCACAUCAUUAACAGAAAAAGAAAAAAGAUUUUCCCCAAGAUCCACCCCAGUUCCUUCCACAAAUUCCCUUUUUUUUAAACACGUCCGAUCAAAGUAAAAUAACAUGCGUAAGUUAUGUAAAGAAAUAGAAAAUAAGAGAUAUAGAAAAAUUCAAAAAAUGGUUACACAGCCUUUGGAUUUCAAAUCUCCCCCCCCCCCUUCCCCGGUUUGAAUUCCCCAUGUCCAUCAGUCUAUACAUUAUCAGCUUGGAAGUCUCAUUUCAUGACCAGAUUUCUCCCGAUUCCAUCUUGCCGGUUUUCUUUUAGUUUAUUAAUUUAAAUAAUAUUUGACUUCAAAUGUCCAAUCUAACAAAGGCCUUUAAUUUCCUUGAUCUUUACCACUCCUCCCGUUGUUCUUUCCGUGUCGUAAUCAGUCCUUUAUUCUUCUUAUUCCUCACUUUCUCAGGUUUCUUGUCCUGUUCAGCUGCUAAAACUUUCUAAUUCAGAAAUCUAGUGUCUCUGCAGAGGUUUGUUAUUCAGGAACAAAAACUUACGUCCAGUCCCUUUCUUUCUUCAAUAAAAAAUUCCAUUGUCUUCCUCUGUAGACAAAAUACUCUUUCAGUUUUGCAGCUUUCCCAGAAGAUAACAAAUCCUGUGCGAAUCCCAGGGUAUUUUUCCACUUACGACCGUUCUUGUAGUAUCCCGAAACCCCUCUAGGGGAUUGUAAUAACUUUGUAUCCUCUAAUCCAAAAGUCAAAUUGUUGCUUAUUUUCCAACAGUUUAUAUCCAUAUUAUAGCAAAUUGUAACAAAAUUAACCAGCAAGGUCCUCAUAAAGUCCUCUUUAUAUUCUCCAGCUUUGACAGCCACUUUGACAGCUGUCAAAGUCUCCGUCUCUCUUCACCAGGCUCCACGAAUCGCCCCGGUUCCCAGGGGGGGGGUUGCAUUUUCUUCUCACCCUCCACUCUUCUCCUCCAGCACAUUUCUUAUAAUUUCCCAUCGUGAAAUUAAUGAUUUUUAUCAGAGACAUACUUCCCUUUGGACCUUGGUUACCCAGUCCUUGUUUUGGAAUGCUUACACUAGGGGGGGGGAUUGACUUCCUUUAUAAAACGCCCCCGCUCGUGCCAAAUCCAAAAUUUUGAACCCGGUUUCCCAAUUACUCACGGGUUGUUGUUAAUAGUCCAAAUUUUCAAUAGAAGAAGUCAGCGCUCUCCGUCGAAUGGCAUGCGGCUGCGCUCGGCAGGGAAGCAGUGGACUCAAAGCACCACGCCACUCCCCGGCACCCGAUCCGAAGCCUUUAAAAAGGCUCCUUCACGAGUCGGGAGGGCGCUAAUGGUGCAAGCCGAGUCACCCAUGUCCACGGACUCCGUGCCCGUGGUUUUUAAGGGUCCCCGCGUCGCCGGCGCGGUAGGACCCAGCCCCUGCCGAGCAGACUCCCUCCGGAGCUCGGAGGGAGUCCGCCAUUCGGCGAUGGCGCUAACCCGGAAGUCCUCUGUGUGGAAGAUUUAAGGUCAGAACCCUGCUCAGCCAUAAAACACAUUUUGUAGCCUAGGACAUGUCAUUUUCUCUGAAUCUCAUCUUCUGUUGUAAAGGUAAAAUAAAUUAAGGAUGUAUUGAUGAUCUGGCCUGAGCCUACAGCGAUGAUGGGAAGAAAAUUUAUAAAUCACCUGGACUUUAUGUAUUGCAUUUAUUUUUUUUAUUACAUGUAUAUUCUGUCUUUCCUUCAAGGAGCUCUAAGCAGUGCCAAUACCCCAAUGUUAUCUCCAGAUCAACCAACCUUUGGGGUCGAUUAAGCUUAGAGAUAGCAACUGGCUCAUUCAAAUGUAGUAGGACCUCUUAUAGAAAAAGUGCUUCCAGUUACUUCUGGAACUAUUUCAUAAUUCACAUAGUAGUAUGGUCUAUAGGUGCAGCUGACAGCUAUUACUAUGAAUACAUCGAUGAAGAUACACAGCCAAUGCAGGAUAAUACCAGAUAUGGCCUCCCUGCUAUACAUCCUGACUGGUUUCAUGAAUACGUCAGUUAUGAAGGUAUUUUACUGGGUCACACUUUGUGAUGGGGAAAUGGGGAAGUGUGGGGAUGGGGAGAAUUGAAAACUACUUCCAGGGUAACAGGAAUUGCUAUACUGGUUGUUAUUAAUGGAUUGUCUAUUACUGUAAUACUGUAGUAAAGGAUCUAAACUUCAUCUACUGACAGAACAAAUUCAGACUCUGCAAUUCACUUUCGAUUCUAGCAACUUUUAAAUAGCUUCAUUCUUUUCAACUUAAGCUCCAUCUAUACUUGUAACACAGAGAUAUGUGAGAUAUAGUUAUUUCUGUGUUGAUACAGCUCCCAAGAUCCACCAGCUUUUAUUAUGAGUUAAUCUGUGUCCUUUUAUGAUUAGCAUGGGGUGCUACACCAUGGUUUGUGUCAUAUGUAGAAAAUCUGAAUGGAGGAAACCCUUAUAUUUUCCACAAAAUGUCCGAUACUUUUCUGAGAUUCUAUAGAGUUCUGUCUAGAGAUGGCAGCUGUGGAUGAAUGCAGAGAUGGCUAGUGAUCUACUAUGUGUUCUAUGCUUGUUCCACUAUUUGACUGUGCAUACUAGUUGACACCUGCAAUCUAGAUGUUCUCUGGGUAAACCAACCAUUUUGGCAAAUAUUAUUGGCUUGAACUGACUGUUAAAUAAUAAACUGGGUAAUCCAAUCCAUGACUGCUUUUAGAAAACCUUAGUUGCACACCUGCAGCAAGCUAACUGUAAAACAAGCUUCAUCUUUCCACUCCAUGUACUAGAAAACCCAUGCCUGGAGAUGCCAUGCAAGAAUAAUGGUGUAUGUGAAAGGAAAAGAAACAGGUAUACAUGCCGCUGCCCUGAGCCAUAUGAAGGGUCUAAGUGUGAGAAUGGUAAGCAGAAUUUUCAUAGUGUUAGAUAAAGCUGAGUGGGACAUUGUCUUUCAAGGAACUUGAUAGCUACUUUAUUUGAAUUGUUAUGGUCACAAGUCCAUACUUACUGUAUUUAUGUUUUGGACAGAAAAUAUUUUAUUUGCAUUCCAGCUUAAUAUGACAGUAUGGUUUUAUUACAAAUUUAGGAGACUUGCCAGGAGCUUCAAGCUUAGAUCUAUAGUUUUUUUAAAUUAUUAUUAUUAUUCUAUUGUGUUUGUCACAUUCCCCUCCCCACAAAAAAAGAAAAAUCACAAAAAAAGAAAUCCCCAGUGCUGAUCUCCAACAUAUAUAAAAAGUCACCUAUAUAUAUUUGUUGAAUAUAUUUCUUUGGUUGUGGGUGGUUGCUAUCUUCAAUGAACUUCAUAAUAAUGUACUCAGAUGUGGUAGACUAUAUACUCCUUACUUUAUUCAGCUGAAUGCUUCAAGCUCUUGCCAUGCAAAAUCAGGUCCACAGAAGGAUCAAGGCUGGAAAGGAAAUGGAAGGGAUCCAAACCACAGAGAGCAAAGGCAUAGUCCUAGAAUAAUCUUCAUCAGCCUUGUACCCUCCAGGUUUUUCAUAAGUCCCAGGCACCGGGUUGGUGAAGGCUACCCUAGAAAAAAGAUGAUAAAGCCUGGCUUUUUUGGGUGGCAGCAGAGGGGUGGUAUUUAUGGUUUCACAGAGAUAGGAGCAAGGACCAUGGGAACAUUUAUUGGGAAGGCUUCCGAGUAAAGACAUAUUGAGUUUGACAAUGAAUGAACAAUAGAGAGAUAACCUUAACACACUUGUCCAUUUUAUUUAUAUCAUGCAACAUAGUGAAAAACACAUGUGAAAGGAUCAACUGCAACAGAGGAGAUUGCCUUAUAAGCUUAAGAGCGCCUUAUUAUAGAUGCCAUUGCAAACACCCCUACAAAGCACCAUUCUGUGACAAAGGUGAGUACCAAACUUGAGGGAUAUGGUUACUAUCAGACAUUUGUCUUACUGCUGCCCUAUAUGCCUAAGAAUGAACCAAAGAAUGAAUCAUCACCUUUGAUCUCCAAAUUUGCUCACCAAAUUGUGGCAGUUGCUUCCUAUCCUGUUAGUAUUUCUAAAAUUCAGACAGAAGUACUUCCUCCUUUUGACAAGGGGCUCAAGAAGGCUAGGGCGAAGCUAUCUCACUGUGUAGGGAUGAUUGUAGGGAGAGUGAUAGCACCACCUGGUGAGCUUUGAUGAGGAAUUUGACGGUGGGCUUCCCACAUCCAUACCUGUGCCACUAUGCUUUGCUUUGCUUUCCUUUUCUGCCUAUAAAGGUAUUUCUUCCUGGUUAGCGCUUUGUUCAUGCAAGCUAUGAAUCUUACUUAAAUGCUCUGUUUUGUUUUGUGGAAACUAACAGCACAGUCAUCUUGCCGACCAAAUCCUUGCAAAAAUGGAGGCAUCUGUCAACGGCAUCGGAUAAGGUCCAAGUUCAGCUGCAAGUGUCCUGAGCCAUUCAAAGGAAGGCUUUGCGAAAUAGGUGAGGGAUCCAGUUCUGGCCUUUUGGCUAUUUUCCUACGGAUUUACCAAGAACAGGGAUCUGUGAAUGCCUCUAAGCACAUAUGACCAUGCUGCAGAAUUUGGCACAUGGAAGUGGUUUGGUCCUUAUCCUUGUUGCCAUUGGCAUGCAGGAAGUAGAUUCAAGAUGCCCAGAUUUGCACUUUUACGAAAGCCGAAGGUCAAAACAACAAAUUGAGCUAUAAAUGAAGGAGGAAAUGGGGAAGGAGUCUGCUUAAACAUUGUUAGGUUGGGUCUGCUUAGAUGAAAUGAGAAUCACUGUGAGAUAGUCGGUCAGAUCCACAGCAUACAUUUAAAGCACAUUUAUACCAGCUUUAUCUGUUGAUGGACAGCCACCCUGACUCAGCCCCAGACACACUGACCAGAUGCUUGGAAGCUGUGGCUGGAUGGCUGCGUGGGAGCUGGUUAAAGUUAACUCCUUCGAAGACAAAGGUCCUCUGGCUGGGUCAGGACAACAUGGGGUUGGGGGGCCAACUCUCAUCUCUUGUGGGGGCUCAAUUUGUGCCAGCACCUUCUAUCAAGAGUUUGGGUGCAACCUUUGACGCCUCCCUUUCUAUGGAGGCGCAGGUUGCAGCCACAGCAAAGGUGGCAUUUUUCCAUCUCCACCGUAUUAAGCAGUUGGUCCCUUACCUUUCUCGCCCUGAUCUGGCCACAGUCAUCCAUGCAACGGUCACCUCCAGGCUUGAUUAUUGUAUCUCACUCCACACAGGGCUGCCCUUGAAGCUGACCCAGAAACUCCAGGGUGGCAGAAUGCCGCAGCAAGGCUCCUUAUGGGGUCCUUGCCACAGGAUCACAUUCAUCCAGUGCUUUACCAGCUGCACUGGCUCCUGGUGGAGUACAGGGUCAGGUUUAAGGUGCUGGUUUUGACCUUUAAAGCCCUAUGCAGCCUAGGACCCUCAUACCUACGGGACCACCUCUCCUGGGAUGCCCCGCGGAGGACCUUAAGGUCCAUAAAUAACAACACUUUGGAGGUCUCGAGCCUCAAGGAGGUUAGAUUGGUCUCCACUAGGGACAGGGCCUUUUCAGCACUGGCCUCGACUUGGUGGAACGCUCUGUCACAAGAGACCAAGGCCCUGCGGGAUUUGACAUCUUUCCGCAGGGCCUGCAAGAUGGAGCUGUUCCGCCUGGCCUUUGGCUUGGACUCACUCUGACCCCUUAUAUGGGAUCUGGUAUAUAAAUUUUCCCUUGGCUUUUUUGCUGGCCCAUUUAGGACCAGCAUGGAUAGCUGGCUCGGGUGAAUAUCUGAUGUUUCCUCCCUUUAUGGUCUUGAUUUAUGUGCUGCUACUAAACUGAGGCUGUAUUUUAAGCCGUAUUUUAAUCAACUGUUUUUUUCCUUUUUCUUUUUUCUAUUACGUUUUAUUGUAAUUUAUAUUCAGUGUUAGCUGCCCUGAGGGUGGGGUAUAAAUAAAAAUGUAUUAUUAUUUAUUAUUUAACUGUCACGGCUUCACCCAAAGAAUUGUGGGAACUGCAGUUUACUCACCCCACAACUAUGGUAUCCAGCACCUUAACAAACGACAGGUCCCAGGUGACUUUUCAAGUAGUGUAAGAGUGCUUUAAAUGAAUGGUGUAGGGGUGGGUGGGUGGGUGAGAGAGCACAUUUCUUAAGAAGGCAAUCCUUUUGUAGGACCUGAUGACUGUUUUGAAGAAAAUGGCAUUUCAUACAGAGGAAAUGUUAGUCAAACAAUUCUCCAUAAGACCUGUCUUCACUGGAAUUCUCACCAUCUCCUGGAGUGGAAUUAUAAUGCAUUUAUUGAAGAUGCUGCCUCUUAUGGCCUUGGUGACCAUAACUUCUGCAGGUAAUGUACUGCACAUUCAUCAAGGAAGGCUUUCUUUCUCCCACUUCCAUGAAUGUCAGUGCCAUGCACACAAAUACGUCUGCUCCUCCCACUCCAAAAAUGCAGUAUCUGCAUGAGCUAUAUCAGUGUAAUUCAAUUACAUUUCUUUUCUGUGAUCUUCAUUGCAAAUAAUUACUGAUUCUUCUUGGCUACCAAGACACCAAGGCUAUUACCCCAACACUGUGAUGGUUGUCUUUACGACUUCACCUUGGAAAUAAUGACCACUGUCAUAGGAACUAACUCCUAGGAGCCGAAGGGACCCCACCCAAAUAAAAUAUUUCAGGGGGCUGCACCCCUCAAAGCUGAUGGUCAUCGUCAUUCAAAUAGGGUGUGUGAACCAUGUCAUGUGAUCAAUUAUGUGGAGUGGGGCUUAGCUGCCCCCCCCCAAUAUUUUAUUCAAGUUGGCACCCCUGACCACUGUUGUUUAUGUCUCUGAUAGCUUGAGAUAUACACAUUAAAAAGGUAAAGGGACCCCUGACCGUUAGGUCCAGUCGCAGACGACUCUGGGGUUGCGGCGCUCAUCUCGCUCUAUAGGCCGAGGAAGCCAGCGUUUGUCCGCAGACAGCUUCCGGGUCAUGUGGCCAGCAUGACUAAGCUGCUUCUGGUGAACGAGAGCAGCGCACAGAAACGCUGUUUACCUUCCCGCCAGAGCGGUACCUAUUUAUCUACUUGCACUUCGUGCUUUUGAACUGCUGGGUGGGCAGGAGCAGGGACCGAGCAAUGGGAGCUCACCCCGUCACGGGGAUUUGAACCGCCGCCCUAGGCUCUGUGGUUUAAACCACAGCGCCACCUGCAUCCCAUGAUAUACACAUUACCAGGUAGUUAUUAAUGCUGAUAGGUUGCUGGCAAAGAUGUAUGUUAUGCAUUUACGCAACUCAAUAAGUGAUGCCAGUGUUUGUUGGUUGUACAAAAACUUAUCACUUACUGGUAGGCAGUGUGAACUGUAAAAAUGUUGCCAUUCCUAAUAAUGCUUGUGCUCGUGCUCGUGGGCAGGCAGUCUCCUCCUGGCACAAAUGGAUAAUGCUCUGUGGUGUGACAGGUAACCAGUUACAAAUUCUCCAUCUUUCACAAAACUAGAAUUUGUGGACAUCCAAGGAAGUGGAAUGUUGGGAAAUUCAGGACAGAUAAAAGAAAGUGCUUCUUCAGACCGUGCAUAGUUAAACUAUGGAACUCACUCCACAUUGAUGGCCACUAAUUUGGAUGUUUUAAAAGAGGAUUAGACAAAUUAAUGACUACUAGCCAUGAUGGCUAUGCUCUGCCUGCAUGGGCAGAGGCAGUAUGUUUCUGAAUAUCAGUUGCUGAAAACUGCAGGAGUACUCUUGAGACCAUAUAACACCAGUCCUGAAAGACCUACGUUGGCUCCUAGUACGUUUCUGAGCACAAUUCAAAGUGUCGGUGCUGACAUUUAAAGCCCUAAACAGCCUCGGCCCCGUAUAAUCUGAAGGAGCGUCUCUACCCCCAUCAUUCAGCCCAGACACUGAGGUCCACUUCUGAGGGUCUUCUGGUGGUACCCUCACUGUGAGAAGUGAAGCUGCAGGGAACCAGGCAGAGGGCCUUCUCGGUAGUGGCGCCCACCCUGUGGAACGCCCUCCCAUCAAAUGUCAAGGAAAUAAACAACAAUCUGACUUUUAGAAGACAACUGAAGGCAGCCCUGUUUAGGGAAGUUUUUAAUGUUUAAUGCUGUAUUGUGUUUUUAAUAUUUGGUUGGGAGCCGCCCAGAGUGGCUAGGGAAACCCUGCCAGACGGGUGGGGUAUUUAUUAAUAUUAAUAUUAAUAAUUAAUAAUUCUUGAUGGUGAUGAUAAUGAUGUUUGUGUCCUGCAUGUAGUUUUUUGACAGGCAUGUGGUUGGCCACUGUAAGAACAGAAUGCUGGAUUAUAUGGGCCAUUGGUCUGAUCCAGCAGGCUCUUCUUGGUUUUUUUUAUGUUCCUAAUAUACCACAGUAUACCGGUGACCCUGUAAAAACAAUGGCCAUAGACAACACCCUAAAAAGAAGGCAUGCUAUCCCUCAGGCACAGUUUUUGCUUAGGGGAGAUCUCUGGAUCUUUUGUGCUUUUGUGAGAGCAUUUUCCAGUUCUCCUAUCUUUCAGAACUUCAAUUAGUAACUUUCUUUCUUGAGACAUUAUGCUCUUCUGACUGGUGAAUUUUGAAACCUCCUCCUCCAGGAACCCAGAUGGUGACGAAAAGCCCUGGUGCUUUGUCAGUGUGAAUAACAAAUUGAAGUGGGACUUCUGUGAUGUAUCCGCGUGCUCAGAAACAGGUACGAUGGGUAAUAAUAUAAAGUGGGGCAAAAUAAACGUGAAAGGUGUAGCAGUAAUUCAGAUUGACAGGCAUUGUGAUUAUUCCCCCACCCCGCCCUCCAUCCAUCUACCUUUAAGAACGCAGCCCCCAAAACUGUAAUGACUCUAGCAUGAUUUUUUAAAUAGUCUUCUUGAAGCUCUGCCCAAGAGUUUAGUGAAAUUUUAGGAUCUGUUAGCUUUAGAGCAUGGAGAAGUAUGCCAAACAAAUAACAGGUAUCGAGAUAUCUAUUGUCAAGAGAUGUAAGAGGAAAUGAAAUAUGAAACAGUACAGCAGAAAAUAAACCAUUCACAGAAUGAAGGAAUAAUAUUCAACAUGGAUCUUUCAGGAAUUAUACUCAUGCACUGAGAGGGACAGCUUUGAUGCUGCAAGGUUCAGUUUCUGUGGGGAGCUAUUUCAUAAUUGAAAGGUAUAUUCAAGAACAUAGGAAGAAGGGAUCGCUUCUAUUUAUGCCCUACUCGCUUAGGUUCCUCAAUAUGGCCCUGUCUUCUGUAUUUGUGUGCUUAGCUAUUGUUGUAGUUUCAGGACGGAUACACCAGUGUGAUUUCGUUAUUAGAGUUAGGUAAGGGCCUGGGAGAUAUCAGGUUCCACUCAGCGAUGAAGCUCAUUGGGUGAUCUUUGGGCAGGCAAGGUCCUAGCCUGUCUCACAGGGCUAAUGUUAGGAUUAGAAGGGAAAUACAGAAAUGUGUGAGAAAAAAUUGUAGUAUAUUUGAAAUGAGAGGUUUAUGAAAUGUUAAUUAAUAUAUUGCUAUUUUGCAAUGGGAAAUUCUACAAAAAGAAAAGAGGGGAGAGACAACAACAACAACAACAUUUUAUUAUUUAUACCCCGCCCAUCUGGCAGGGUUUCCCCAGCCACUCUGGGCGGCUUCCAACGGGAUAUUAAAAACACGAUAAAACAUCAAACAUAAAAAACUUCCUAAACAGGGCUGCCUUCAAAUGUCUUCUAAAAGUCAGAUAAUUUUUUAUUUCCUUGACAUCUGAUGGGAGGGCAUUCCACAGGGCGGGCACCACUACCAAGAAGGCCCUCUGCCUGGUUCGCAUGUAAAACCAUGUAUCCCAUCUUGAGCUCCUUGGAGGAAAGGUGAAAUAGAAAUGCAAUGAUUGAUAUGACAGAUGUUGCCAAUUAUUUUGAAGAUAUAAUUUUUUUUCAGAAUUAGGGCCAGACUUCAAUAUCAUAGCUUAUAAUACUGCAAUAUUUUCCCAAUUGCCUUAUCAAGCCUUGAGUUAUCAUAUUGGCCUGAAUAUAAGCCGCACCUGAAUAUAAACCACACUUUUAAAAUUGGAGGGGGGGGGAGAGAAAAAAUGCCCGCAUAUAAGCUGCUCCAUUCCUUGCUGCUCCUGGCUGCAUUCUGGGGGGGCGGGGGGUGCUGCGUUGCCGGUGGCCUUUCCCCUUCCCUCCUCGCUCUCUCCCUUCCUGGUCUUGGGGGAGAAGACGGGGGACUAUGCACAGGGGGGGAGCUGCUUUGCCAUGCUCCUGACGCUGUUUGCCCCACACUCCUGGCUGCAUACCAUAAGAUCGCGAAUAUAAGUCUCACUUUAACUUUUCACGGUCAGAAUUUGGGGGGAAAGUGGGGCUUAUAUUCAGGCCAAUAUGGUAAGAUGCAACUCCAGUGAUUGUGCUGUAUCAGUGGUCAAAGCACAGUGUGCAAGUCUUGCGUGACACUUAGAGAAUCCAGAUCUAGCUGUGCAGACGGCCUGAAGCGUCCUCCUGAAAAACAAAAUUGAAAGUGAAGGAAGGAGGAAGGGUCUGUUUAUGAGUUGUUAGGUUAAAUGAGGAAAAAGUUGGAGUGAGAGAGCCUUUGUAACAGAGACAGUGCCAUUAUACCAUUUCCAUAUCCAGUUGUUUCUUUUGUAUUGCAGCACAGUCCUCUGGAAAUACAGUCACCAAGAAUUCUGCAGCAGAUAGCAGACCUAAUACAUGUGGAAGACCAGAGACAGAAAGACCAUUAAAGAGAAUCUAUGGCGGUGCCAAGUCAACUCCUGGCAAACAUCCAUGGCAAGCCUCUGUUCAGAGGAAAGUUUCAAGGGGCAUAUUUUUCCCUAAAGGACACUUCUGUGGAGGAGUACUGAUUGAGCCAUGUUGGGUUCUUACUGCGGCACACUGUGUUUUGUAAGCAAAUUCAUCUUCUGACACUAAGAGUUGUUUGGCAGUAGAAUGGUUUCCUUCAAGAAGUGGUGGAUUCUCCUUCCUUGGAGGUUUUUAAGCAGAGACUGAAUGACCAUCUGACCUGUAUGCUUUAGUUGAGAUUCCUGCAUUGCAGGGGGUUGGACUAAAUGACCCUCAGGGUCCCUUCCAACUCCACAGUUCUAGAAGAGGAAUCAAUGGUUCCUCUUCAUCCUGGAGAAGAAUGACUAGUGGGGUGCCACAGGGUUCUGUCUUGGGCCCGGUCUUAUUCAACAUCUUUAUCAACGACUUGGAUGAUGGACUCAAGGGCAUCCUGAUCAAAUUUGCAGAUGGCACCAAACUGGGAGGGGUGGCUAACACCCCAGAGGACAGGAUCACACUUCAAAACGACCUUGACAGAUUAGAGAACUGGGCCAAAACAAACAAGAUGAAUUUUAACAGGGAGAAAUGUAAAGUAUUGCACUUGGGCAAAAAAAUGAGAGGCACAAAUACAAGAUGGGUGACACCUGGCUUGAGAGCAGUACAUGUGAAAGAUGGAGUCUUGGUUGACCACAAACUUGACAUGAGCCAACAGUGUGACGCAGCAGCUAAAGCCAAUGCAAUUCUGGGCUGCAUCAAUAGGAGUAUAGCAUCUAGAUCAAGGGAAGUAAUAGUGCCACUGUAUUCUGCUCUGGUCAGACCUCACCUGGAGUACUGUGUCCAGUUCUGGGCACCACAGUUCAAGAAGGACACUGACAAACUGGACCGUGUCCAGAGGAGGGCAACCAAAAUGGUCAAAGGCCUGGAAACGAUGCCUUAUGAGGAACGGCUAAGGGAGCUGGGCAUGUUUAGCCUGGAGAAGAGGAGGUUAAGGGGUGAUCUGAUAGCCAUGUUCAAAUAUAUAAAAGGAUGUCACAUAGAGGAGGGAGAAAGGUUGUUUUCUGCUGCUCCAGAGAAGCGGACACGGAGCAAUGGAUCCAAACUACAAGAAAGACCUGUUAGAGUCCAUAACCUGUUAGAGUAUAUUGAUUUAUUGCUCAGAUAAGCUUGAGGUCCGGCACACUUCCCAUCGCAGCUCUGGCCGGCAUUCCAAAGGUCCGACACAUUCCGAUGCUUCUGAGCAAAGCAUAGCAGAGAUCAACAGCGGCUAGAGGAAGACUGCAAAAAAAAACUCCAGUGCAUUCUUCAGUGUGCUUAAAUAAAGUCCACUCAGGAUCUUAGCAGCUAGAAGCAGUUUUAUUUACAGCAGACUAUCCAUUAUCUAUCACAGCGAACAGCAUCGCGAAAACACGUCCUCUCUCCUCAAAAGCGAAAGUAGAGAGAGAAGAACAAAGACUUGAGUCUCUCGGAACUGAGGUAGAAGUUCCCCCCUCCCACCAGUAGGCAGAGCGUACACUCUGAGCUGUUUAACCCUGUAAGCUCAGGUUCUCCUCACAGAUUCCACCUAAACAUUAGGAAGAACUUCCUGACAGUAAGAGCUGUUCGACAGUGGAAUUUGCUGCCAAGGAGUGUGGUGGAGUCUCCUUCUUUGGAGGUCUUUAAGCAGAGGCUUGACAACCAUAUGUCAGGAGUGCUCUGAUGGUGUUUCCUGCUUGGCAGGGGGUUGGACUCGAUGGCCCUUGUGGUCUCUUCCAACUCUAUGAUUCUAUGAUUCUAAGUCUAUGAAUAGAUCCUUAUCGGUAUGGUUUAUGCGUGAUUAUGAUUUAGUCAACAUUUUUGCUCAAAAUGGCAGAAUAGAAAUAGCAGAGAUAUUAAAAUCAGAUAUAAAACAGCAAUAAAUUGAAACUAAAAUACUUACCAAAAUAUAUAUAUUUAAAAGGAGCGUGUCUUACCUACCCCACUUAAAGCACGGAAAUAGAAAAGUCCACAUUCAUGCAUUCAGGUUCCCAUAUGAGAGUAGCUCUACAUGACUUGGAUCUGAUUGGCUAGCAAUGCUGAGCCAAGAUCUGUCUUUUGGUUUCUUGAAAGGUUCCCUUCCCCCUGAAAACGUGGUUUCCAAUUUUUUUUGCCUCAUUCUAAGGCACUUGAGAAUUUCUUUAGAAUUUUGACCAGAGUAGAGUUUUGAGCUUCCCUUAGCAAUGCAAGGUUGUCUGUGUGUGUGUGUGUGUGUGUGUGUGUGUGUGUGUGUGUUUUCUAAUAAGCAUUUCUCUAGAACUCUGCAAUUUCCUGGCUUCCUGGUCUGAGAAAGGCCUAUGGGAGGAGCUACUUCAUGAUGUCUUCUCCUAGGCUUUAGCUGAAGUAUGAGUACCCAGGAAGCCUGCCAAGUGUUAAGUCUAGUAGAGAUAGUUUCCAAGAUGGAGAAUUCCAGGAUAGGUGUUGGAAAUGGAUUAUCUUUGAAAUCUCUUGAGGUUCUAUAAUUACAAUUGAUCAUUCUUUGUGACAUUUUUCUCUUUCAUAGGACAGAUGCUCACACCCUUGAAGUGGUCCUUGGGAAAAAAGAUCUCCUUAGGAAAGAGCAUUAUGAACAGAAGUUUGAUGUGGAAAAGAUAAUUGUACAUGGACACUAUGAAGAAAUUGAGGAUGUCCCAUACAAUGAUAUUGGCAAGUUGCUUACAAAUGUUCAAAUCACUGUCAGUGUGGUUACAAGAUGGAGAUAGUGGACAUUAGGCUCAAUAACUUUGAUGUGGGCUAAAUAUCAUGGAUAAAAUGAUUCUGACUUGAGUUAAGCAGUGGAACAAACAUUCAAAUUCCCCGAAGCUUCGGAAAAUAGGUUUAAUUAGUAUUUCCAUAAAAAUAUAUUCAAUUUCUACAUUUUGUAUAAAAAAGAAGUGGCAAGUCUUUCAGGGAUGCUUUUGCUCACUUAACAUUCCCAGGACAGAGAUACGAGUUGGAUGAGGUUGUGAGAAGCCUACAAAUACUUAGCUGUAUCUGUUUGAAAUCAGGGAAAAUAAUGCUUAAGUUUGAUAACAGAUCUGGUUGCUUCCUUAGCUAGCUUUGCAUGCUAUUGACCUAGAUUUAUUUCUGACAUAGGACUGGCAGAUCCAUGAUAUUUCCUUAACCCUUUCCCUACCUGCUGUCUGUCAGCUCAAAAUCACCCCCUUCUCCCAGAUAGUUUGUCACCUAUAGUAGAAGAGAGAUGUUAACUUAUCUUCUCCACCACAGGAAGAAAGCCAGCUGGAGAUGAUUUUCAGUGGACUUUGGGAAGGGAAAGGGGUCAAGCUGCCAACUCCUCUGCCAACCGUCCAAUUCCCAUUUUGGCUCCCACAGCUGCUUUUCGUAUUUAAAAACAACCAAGAGGAAGAAUCAGGGAACAUGUAUAGCUUGGUGACCCUAAGAUAGCAACAGAGAAAUGAAAACCAUUCUAUAAUUUCAAAUUAAGCAGUCUGUCAAGCAAGAGUAUUCAAAUAAGAAAGCUUGAGAAAAUGUUAUUUAUUACUUUCCUGAUACUGUUCAGAGUGAACAUGUCAUCAGCUUUAUUGCACAAAAUUGACUUCCAUUCGGCCCACAGCUUUGUUGAAGUUGAAACCAAUUGACGGCCACUGUGCAGUGGAAACAAGAUACGUCAAACGAGUGUGCUUGCCUGAUUCUACUUUUCCUGAUGACACAGAAUGCUAUAUAUCAGGUUGGGGAGAAACUGAAACAGGUAAGCUAUUGUUUAAUGGUGCAGUCCUUUAUGGUUAAUACAUUGACAAAAUCUAUAUUAAUUUUUGUAUUCCUCCUCCUCUCUUCCCAAUUUGGUCUUUAGUGAGAUCCCUCUGCUGCUGCAGGUAGGAGGGUCGUCGCUGUUUCCUAGAUGGACUAGAAUUACCACCCUCCUGUAGUCUGUGUUUUGCCAAGGUUGUCUCUCCAUAGUGGCUGGUUGGGCUCUGUUGCUGUCCUGGCUUCUCAGCACUAUGGGCCACUGUUGCUUACUGAGGUGGGCCAGCGUGAGAACAGGAUGCUUUACCUUUCCCAACACUGAGAGAUAUAGGAUGUCAGAGGAUGCUUCUCUAGUAUGAAGUCACAUACCUUCAGGUGUCCAUGUUUCUAGAAGGAUAUAGACAUCCACUUAAGCGUUUACACAUUUAAAUCAAAUGGAUGAUUAUACCUGGCUGUUCUCCCAAACUCCUGAUUAUAUUUGGCUGUUCUCCCAAAUUCUUGGCUGUAGAUAAGAUGACUAAUUGUCUGGCCAGGGAACAUGUUCAGGAAGACCAACCACCCCUCAUUAUUCCUGCAGAACAAUUCAAUCAGAGAAGAUACGCUACAGAUUAUGAAUAGCUAUACCAGGCAUUUUAAAAUCAAGCAAUUUUUGAAAACAAACUUUGUUAAAAAUUCAGAAUGUGCAAAUCUGUUUGGAGCUUUUAAAAAAUAAAAGAAGUAGUGGUAUUUAGGGCAAACCUCCCAUCAAAUUCCUUGUCCCUUUCUCUGUCAUAUGCCACUUAUCAUCUUAACUUCAUUCAAAGAAUCAAAUCAGAGUGAAUGAGUCUAUGUGCUUCCAGAUAAAGAUUCUGAGCCAUAUCUCGGAAAUAAACCCAGGAACUUUGACAGUAUUUUCCAGCCUAUUGGUUUGGAUAAGUUUUUGAUAAGCAGCAUCUGGAUUUCUGGAUGCAUAUUGAAACAGAACUGCCAAAUCUAUUCAAGUUCAGCUAAACCUCUGUGACAUACUGUGAGUUCCUUGGAAGGAGGAAAUUAUUCUUGUGCUUAAAAAUAAGAUAAUGAGACCUUUCUGAAAAAAAUGCAGUUUUUCACUUUUCACUUAAUGAGUUGCUGUAAAAUUGCAGGUGGACAAUGUGUCAAUCAUGUUCCCAAAAGUACCCUUAUGUUUUAUGAGCAAUAUAAUCCAAUAUGAAGUAUAUACAUCUUUUGAUAUAAUUCAUAUUGAAAGUAAGAAGCAUCUGGUAUGCAGAUUUGAUAGAUUAUGUGCUGAUGAUAUGAGUUAAUAAAACAUCAUUCUUCCAUGACACAGUCUCCUUUGCAAACUACCACAUUCACAGUCCACUGUCUAUGAAUGUUGCCCAAGAGUGAAUAGCUGAUCUGUUUUGAUGCCAGAAAUGACUCCAAUUUGAAAAACAUUUGCUUGUAUGCUGCCCUUUCCCUUAAAAAAUCUCACAACAACCCAUGACUUAGCUGAAGUAUAGAGCUAGUUUUAUGACCAAGACUUCCCAGGGAGCUUCAUAGCUGAGCAAAGGAUUGCAUUUACACACAUAAUUCAUACAAAUCCAUUGUGUCACAAAAGGCCCGGUCAACCAAUGAAGACAUUAGAAAUGCAAUUCAAAUUUGUCUUGCUAAUUUAAAAUUACGUUGUUAAACUCAACUGUGCAAAUAUGUGGCUAGAUCCAUGACUGGAAGGAGAGCUCUAUUCAUGGAAGGGCCCCUUCUGUUCACAGUGUGGUGUAGUAGUUAAGAGCGGUGGACUCGUAAUCUGGUGAACCAGGUUCGCGUCCCCGCUCCUCUACACGCAGCUGCUGGGUGACCUUGGGCUAGUCACACUUCUCUGAAGUCUCUCAGCCCCACUCACCUCACAGAGUGUUUGUUGUGGGGGAGGAAGGGAAAGGAGAUUGUUAGCCGCUUUGAGACUCCUUAGGGUAGUGAUAAAGUGGGAUAUCAAAGCCAAACUGUUCCUCUUCUUCUUUCUAUGAAUGAGAGCUCUUUAGGACACAUCCCUUUGCCUUAUGUCAGGGGUUCUCAAGUGACAUCUUCUGAUACAUGCCAAUUGAGACACUUUGGCUUCUUUUGAUUAAACCAGGAAACACUUGCAUGGCAUGUGCUAGCAAGAAAAUAUUUUGGGGAAUGGGUUGCAUGAAACAUCUCUGUUUCCAUAGAUAUUUCCAACCUUCUGCUUGAUGGCAUCAGUGUAUUUAUCUGCAAUGGUUGAUAUGUGUUUGUUUGCAAUGCAAAUCCUAAUCAUCAUAGCACACCACAUUUAAGUGAAUAAUGAUAGCAAAUAAUGUUCCCCAUUGAACAGCACAGAGAUCUCUCAGAUGCGGAGCUGAAUAAUUCUUCUGCAUAACAUGCAUAAUUGACUUAAUUGCGCAAGAUUUUAUGGCUCUAGCCACCACUUGUUUCAUUUGUGGAUCUAGUGGUAAUUCUCUCAAACCUGUUUCCUGUUUGUGACAUCUGCAACAGCAAACACACUAUUAAAGGUGGGCUAUGGAGAUAACUUGCAAGCCUAGCAAAGGGUCCCAAAAGAAGACAAAAUUAUAUCCAUGGAUCAAUACAUGGAAAUUAUUGAUGUAACGAUCCCAGAGUAAACAUAACAAAUGUCAGGAUUUGACUCAAACAGUUCUGAUUUAACACACCUUUGCAGUUGUAAAGUCUACAGGCCAGAAUCUUCCGAGGUCAGUCAACAUCUGGCAAAUACAACACAGUGUAGGUUUUUCAAAGGCAAAACACUAUUGAGAUGCCAAACUCCUAUGCAGCAGUAACAGAAAUUCACUGCCAAAAGCUGUUUUUAGCUUGAUAGCCUUCUUUGGGCUUGUUUAUUUCCUAACCCUGCUCUGCCAGAGUUGUGGCUUUCCCUUGCAGCAGAUGAUCAUAUCUUAGGCCCAGGUACAAUUCUAUUAUCCCAUAGAUUGAAAAGAAAGAUUUAGCAGAGGGAAGAAGGGAAGUUAACAGUUUCUUCAUUUUCCUGCAUCCUGUAGGUGAAUCAUCUCAUCAGCUGUUAGAUGCCAGAGUAAAGCUGAUUUCCCAGGUGCGGUGUAACGCACGAAGUGCACAUAAUAACAGACUGGAUGAAAGCAUGCUUUGUGCAGGAAAUCUUCAGAGAACAAGCGCUGAUACUUGUCAGGUCUGUUGCUUUUUCAGUAUUUGAACACUAAUUUCUCUUUUAACAAAAUGUAAAUAGGCUAUGCAGAGUAAUGUCUGGCAGGGUACUACAUAUGUAUCUGCUUCUUGUAUCAGAUACAUUACAACAACCUCCUUCCUUUCAACAUGAUGUGAGAGGCAUGUCCUUCAAACAAACAGCAGCUCUUCUGGUGACAGGCAAGCCUAUGGGAGAUGCAGAAGUUCAGCUGCAAACUUGGGAGUUUUGUCAUUUGAUAAGGCCUGUCCCAAUACAUCUUAGGUGCAUGAUCACGGCACCUCUCCUUUCCCCAAACCACCACGUUUAAUGUUCUUCAGGUUCUUUGUAUUGCUAGCCUAAAAUAUCUGUGGUACUGAAUAUGUGCUUUAUUUACUUAUUUUUUUUCCAUCCGACUUCUACCCUGCCUUAUCAAAUUAGCUCCAGGCAGUUUACAAGCAAAUCAUGCAAUCUACUAACGCUUGAAAAUAUCAAGAAAAUCAAAUACAUCUUCUGAGGUCUGGAGAAUUUAGCGGGGCAGCCACAGAAGGGUAUGUGUGUUGUCCUCUGAAGAGCAUAGCCAGAAGUGACCCUCCCAUUUUGUGAAUGAAUGGAAACUGGCUACAUCCGUCCAGGACUCCUUGAAACAUGAAAGGCCUACCACCACACGAAUAUAUCAUGCCGGAAAUUCCACUACUAAUAAAACGUGGGCUCUGCACCCCCAGGUGCCAUAGGAAGCAUUGAAUCUCCUUCUCCGAGGGCAUCAAAGGAGCCAUAAGGAGUGCCAGAUUCCCACUCCUGCCACCAAUGAAAUUUUAUGGCCCUUACUCUAUUGAUAUCAGAGCUCCAAGGUCAGUAGGGCUGGAAAUGGAGUGUGCCACAGGGCCUGCCACUGAAGAACUGGAUUUGCUUGACAUGCCCCCACAUCGUAGAUUAAACUAUGCCAGACCAUUUCUCUCCCAUCAUUUCUAAAGCAAACUGAAAAGAAUGGAGUUGACCAGUAUUCCUCCAUGCUCACUUUUGUCCUGCCGGCACUGGAUAAGGUAGAUGAACCACUUCUGUAUCCCUCAGCCAUCUUAGAACUGCAGCAUAAGUGCAAUGAAAUGGAGAAUCCAAGGCCACGGAUUUAAUAUCAUCAGUUCCAGAAAAGACCACCCAAUGCCUAGGUCCAUCACGGACAACUGCUCUCCACUUUUCCAAGGGCCACUUACUAUGCUGAGGACAAAACAGAAGAAGAAAAAUCUGGGCCAGGAGUCCAUCCAUCAGCUCCAGAAGAGACCUCAAGUUUGAGGUCUCCCUGGUUUAGGCAUUAAAUAAAAAAACUACUGUUGGUCUAUAUUUGGGGUUACUUAAUUAAAUGACCUAUUUUAUUUGUUGCUAGGGAGAUUCAGGAGGCCCUCUAACCUGCGUGAAAAAUGGCUCUUAUUAUGUCUAUGGAAUUGUGAGCUGGGGAGAACACUGUGGGUUAAGACAAAAACCUGGAGUCUAUACCCGUGUGAUAAGAUUUCACAACUGGAUUCGUGCAAAAAUUGAACGCGAGUCUAGCUUUGAUAUCUAGGAAAGCCCUUUGAAAAAGAAAUAAAGGUAAGCCUGAGACAUACUGAUAUACCUUCCUAUUAAUCUCGGAUAAGGAAGUUAGUUUUCCAAUUGUCUUUUUGGCAUUAAGGUUGAAAUCUUAUACACACCAUUUAACUCACUUCCUUCUUUGUAGAAAUGUGUGGGAUGAUUAUGCUUCCACCAGCCAUACACCAAGCUCCUCCUUGGAAUCUUCGUAAGGGAAGUUCUGGACUUUUGGGUCUAGGAGUAUACAAGUCAUGGGGGGUUUGUUACUACCGCUAUUAGUUUUAGGGUUGCCUUUGAAUAUUAAUUGGCCUGUGUGUUCAUAAGCUUUAUGCUUAAUUUCCUUUGACAUCUUUGAAUGAAUUCUUGAACUCUUUGCUGUAGUGAUGUUAAAUUUUGAAUUGUGUAUUAUGGUUACUGUACUACUGUAUUGAAUGUUCAUUUUGGUAAGCCUCUUUGAGCCACAAAUCUGUGGGAAAUGUGGUAUUUAAAUAAAUUGACUGUCUGCAAGACUAUAUUUUCUGAAUAGGAUUUUAAGCACCGAGAAUUGCUAGUUCCACUGGAUAAUUCAAAACAUGCCUUGUUUUAUUCAAAAUGCAAACCCUGACACCCUCUCUUAGGAUUUAGCGUAUUGGCUUAGCUUUCACCAGUUUAUUAUACAAUGGCAUGUGCAACCACAUAGCCUACACUUGGAACGAUAUGCCAUUUUUAAAAAAAAUAUUUGUUAUAUUUUUAUCCUCCAAUGUGUUCAGGAUAGCAGACCUAAUCCCUAUUCUAUCUUGAAAAAUGAGUCAGAUUUGUAGGCUGAAAUAUAGUGGCUAGCCCAAUAUACCUCAGGGGAGCUUAGCAGCUGAGUUAAGAGUUUGAAUCUGGAGCUUGCUUGUCCAAGUCCACCACUCUGUCUGCAAACGUUAUAUGCAACUUUCACAUCCCAUUCAUAGAAGCUCAAUCACACACUCAGGAACUCAUUCUCCUCCACUUACAAGGGCCUACACAAAGCCACACAUCAACAUUUCGCUUGCUCUUACAUGCUCACCCAUUCAAAGAUAAUAAACUUUAAAUUAUCAAGAGUCACAUAGACCACUUUAGAAUGCUCAAAGGAAUGCAGGAAAUAAAGGAAGGUUUCAUAAACCAAGAAAACCCUAUCAUUAAAAUACCAAAACAAAUUAUUUAUGGAAAGUGAUUCCUCUUAUUUAUUUUCAAUACAAAUAAUUUUAUUUCAACAAAUCAUGUUCAUUAAUUUUUAGUACAAAGUUGAGCCUGCCAGUCAUCUAGUACUAAUUUCAUUCGCUGUCAGAAAUAAAUACUACAUUUCAUAAUAACAUACACUUAAAAAUUACUUACAUGCAAAAAAAAAUAUAAGAACAAUAUUAAAUUAUUUGCAUAGGGUUUCACUGUUUUUUCUUUUAGCAAAUUCAACCACUUUGGUGCAGCCUAUGCUUGCGGGGGGGGGGGGGGCUCUACUUGCACAGCAAGCUGAAAAAAAUUAUGCAUUUUCUUAAGGCUGAUGUCUGUGUUUCAGUUCAUUCCUUGACAUCAUUUUUCUGCGCCUGACUUGCAAGAUCUCUGUGGCAUCAGGAUUGACUCUCACUUGUUGGGAUCCUUCUCCAGCUGCCUGAUCCUGCCAAUCAAAAUAGAUACUGAAUGUGAGCUACUUACGAAGACAAAUUUGCAGAAUUCCCAUUUAUUAAAAAGAAACAGUACUUUAUCGGGCAAAACAUUAAAGCUCUGCUAAUGCCAUCUUUCUGGGGGUUGGACAGGUUUGUUAGCUUCAACAUGGUCUUACUUCUAGGGAAGAUGCAACUUCUGGGUUACUCCAGCUUCCUCAUCCAAAUGCCUCUGUGAGUAUCAAAUGCUUCUUGUAGAUGCUUCAGAUCAGGUGUUGCUAAUGCAGCACCUGUGCGUGCACAUAUGUCCACAAAGGGCUUCUCAGUUACCUGCAAACUGCCCUUCCCCACUGAAAUUAGGCUUGGAAGAACCAUUGUAUUGAAGCCAAAAGGUUGUGGGUGUGAUGCAUCCCAUAGGCACUUAUCUAGCAGUAAGUCCCAUUAAACCUCUCAGGAGGAUUGUACAGGAUUGCACAGGAACUGACUUUGCAACAAGCACUAGACCUGCAAGCCUUAUUCACAUGUCAGAAUGAAGAUUUGUGUGAUGUAAAAACAUAAUGAAUUCUUCAACUAUUGCGUGAGUCUUGCUUUGCAACUAAAAUGUUGUAUGCCAGCUAAGUCUCGUCCCUCCAGCCAUGAUUCAACAGGCUGCCUUUUUUAAAGCUUGCAGGACCCUCUACAUGUCCUUUAUCCAUUAAUUUGUUGCCUUAUUUUUAGAGUGGAAAAAAAUAAAAUAAAAUUGGUGACAUCAGGG